AUGGAUCAAGUGCUGUCGUCGGCUGCAAGAUCGAUUAGAAUGAGCGAUGUCCUUAUCAUCAUGGCCGGUGCAGGUCUAAGCGUGGACAGUGGCAUUCCAGACUUUGUGGACAUCCACAAAGCACUGCCAGAGAUAUCCCAUCUUGACCUGAACGUCUUCGAAAUAUCGAACGACAACAUCUUCCUGAAAGAUCCAAAAUUUGCUUGGGGAGUGUACGGCAAACGCAUGGACGACUACCGAAAAGCGUCCCCUCAUGAGGGCUACUACAUUCUUUUGAGGUGGUGUUUGUCAAAAACAGAAUGGUGGGUGUAUACAAGUAACAUCGAUCAACAUUUUGUGAGGGCUGGGUUCCCGAAGGACCGUGUAGUAGAGUGCCAUCGAUCUCUGUAUGAGUUCCAGUGUGCCAAGCCAUGCUGUGAUGAUGUGUGGGACGGUAGAGACGUCACAUUGGACUAUGAUGAAGCCACUCUUGCUGUCAACGGGGACAUACCGACUUGUCGGCGCUGCGGAGACGCGGCGCGUCCUUGCACCGUCUUGGCUGUCGACACCCGCUGGCUCGGAGCGUACACCCGACAACAGGAGGAGCGGAUGGAUAAGCAGCUAGCUGACAUACCAUCUCCUAAAUCCAUUGUUAUUCUUGAAAUUGGAUGUGGUGUCCAGAUGAGGAAGGUUAGGAAUAAAUCAGAGGAACUUGUUUCCUGCUUUAGAAAGGCCGGUCACAGGACGACGUUCAUUCGAAUAAACUCUAACCAAGAACAUAUUAAAAUGCCAGCACCACUGCAUCACAACGAUAUAUGUUUGUGUCAGAAUGCAUUAGACGCACUGACAAAGAUGAAUGAGAUUUUUCAAUCAAUUUGA